AUGGGGACGACGAUGCUUUCGACGACGAAUGUUUUCUGCGUAAAGAUGACUGCGUCCAAAACGUCAUCACUCAAAGAGAGUUCACGACGAUAUAGACGACGACGACGGAAUGAUGAUGGAUUCGCGACGACGACGACCAGAGCGAAAGCAGACGGCUCCAAGGAGAGCAACAUUUUCGAUAAAAUCGCCAACGAGGCGAACAAAAUGCUCGACGUCAUGGAAGGCGGGCCAAAGUUACGGAAGUGGUACGGCGAGGAUUCCUCGGUCGGGAAAGAUGGCGAAGUGAAAAGAGAGAGAGAAGAAAAGGAGGAAAGUUUAAGGAAAGAGGAACGAGAGAUGCAAAUGAAGAUGGACAGUGAAGAGAGCGCGUACGGGAACGAAGAGGGAGAGAUGAGUUCUCCGAAGAGAGCUAUUUAUGUGCUCGAUUCUGGAUCAAAGCUCGGCGACGCGGUGGUCAUGCAACUCGUGCUCGCGAAGUUGGACGUGAAGGUGGCGUGCGAGAACGUGGAGGCGGAGAGCGCGAGGUACGGGCCAUACGUCGACGUCGCAGAUUUAGGGGACGCGAAGGCGUUGCGUCGAUCGUUGGCUGGUGUGAGGUCGGUGAUUGUUCCCGCGGGUAAGUUUGACGAGUCGUUCGCGAAAUCGUGCAAGGAGAGCGGGGUGAAGCACAUCGUGCUGUUGUCGACCGCGAAAGCGAGUAAAGGGAACGUGUUGAGCAUGUUUUUGGACGACGAAGGCGCGCGGGCGAGAAAAGAGGAGAAGAGAGAACAAUUGGCUAGAAGUUUGGGGAUACCUUUGACGAUUAUUCGCCCAGUGGACGUGGUGGAUGAACCAACGAGAGGGAAGACGAUGGCGUUCUCCAAGGAAGACGGACGAUUGAGCGGCACGAUUUCAAUCGAGGAUGUCGCCGUGUGCGCGGUCCGAGCGUUAGCGCAGCCGCCGAAGAAAGGUAGCGACGCGAUUGCAUUCGAGAUUGCGACAUCUAACGAGACCGGUAAGACGGAUUGGAAAGGGCAGUUUGCGAUGUUGAAAGCUUAA